CCGUGGUCCUUCAGCCGCAUCGGUUGUAUCCACGCUCGACUCUUCUGCCUCGCUUCUGUGAUCAUUUGCUCUGGUCUUUCUACUUCACACGCGGCUCAUGUUUUGAUAGAAAGAAACAUGGCCGCUCCCUCGACUGACGUGCAGCUCGUUCCUGCCAAGAAACCCACAGUUCGAGGACCACGGCGUGUCGCCAACCAAAUUCCAGAUGAAAUCCUCCAUGACCCAGAGCUCAAGGAAGCUAUUAAAGCACUGCCUGCCAACUACAACUUUGAGAUUCCAAAGACAGUUUGGCGAGUGAGACACGCUAAAGCUACCAGAGUGGCCCUGCAGCUUCCAGAAGGCCUGCAGAUGUUUGCCUGUGUCAUCGCUGACAUCAUCGAGAGGUUCACCGAGGCAGAUACCAUCGUGAUGGGGGACGUGACUUACGGCGCCUGCUGCGUGGAUGACUUCACCGCCCGUGCUUUGGGAGCCGAUUUCAUGGUGCACUAUGGCCACAGUUGUCUCAUCCCCAUAGACUCCACGGCAGGUAUUAAGAUGCUUUACGUGUUUGUGGACAUCCAGAUGGACAAUGCUCACUUCCUGGACACGGUCAAGUUCAACUUCACUCCCGGACAAUCUCUGGCACUCGUCAGCACUAUUCAGUUUGUGGCGGCGCUGCAGUCUGUCAGCGCCGCUCUCAAACCAGACUAUGACGUGCUGGUGCCACAGUGUCGCCCUCUGUCACCUGGAGAAAUCCUAGGAUGUACGUCCCCUCGCCUGCAACGUGAUGUCAAUGCCAUUAUUUAUCUUGGCGAUGGGAGAUUUCAUUUGGAGUCAAUUAUGAUCGCAAAUCCGGAUAUUCCUGCCUACAGGUACGACCCCUACAGUAAAGUCUUCUCCAGAGAGUACUAUGACCACGAAGCCAUGCGGGCACUGAGGAUGCAAGCGAUCGACAAAGCCCGCACUGCUCAGCACUGGGGUUUAAUACUUGGGACGCUGGGCAGACAGGGUAGCCCCAAAGUGUUCGAGCACCUGGAGUCCCGGCUACAGUCUCUGGGUCGGACCUUCACUCGGAUUCUUAUGUCAGAAAUCUUCCCUAGCAAGUUGGAUCUGCUGCCUGAAGUUGAUGCGUGGGUCCAGAUUGCUUGCCCACGUCUAUCCAUCGACUGGGGCACAGCCUUUUCCAAGCCUCUGCUCUCUCCAUAUGAGGCUGCUGUAGCUCUGCAGGAAACCAGCUGGAAGGAGGUCUACCCCAUGGACUUCUAUUCAAACGAAAGCCUCGGGCCGUGGACCCCCAACCAUCCUGACCACCAGCCGGCGCGGCCUCCUCGCAGACAGAAACCUGGGCCAGAACCAUCAUCAUCAUCCGGCCAGUGCGGCCCUUGUGGCUGUCAGAGGGAUUGACACACCUUGACCAGCGCUCUUGUAGCUCCGGCGAAACAUAUUGGAGGGGCAAUGAUAAUGGGUUCGCAAGGCUACUAUCAACUCUGGGCAGCACCAGCUGGAGAGGAAGAACAACAAAAUAAAACCAUCAGGUUACCUUUCAAAAUAAUCAACUCGAGAGAUGUUAUGAGGUGCAGUCAGCUGACCGAAGCUACAAAGACGUGGCGGAGAUCAGGCUCUGGACUUCAUGUAUUCCACUGAAGUCAUGUUCCAGUGUGGCUGUUUGAAGUCUGGAUUUACAAUAGAACCAAAGAAAAGACUCAAAGUUAACCAAGUAGUCAACUCCUCCCAGGAAGUAGCUUCAUGUGCUGUGUGCAAAUCCACUGAACACGUCCUAACAAGGAUCAUACUCAGAGGUUCCUCAAAGAUAAAUGGCAUGGUUGUUUUCAUGUUCAAAUCCUUCAAACUUCAUGUGUCAUUUCUCUGUAUAACUUCCAGUUGUCUGCGGAGGGAAGGCAAAAACGAGUUUUUGAUGCGAGACUAAGUGAAGCUGAUGAUUCUACCGACUCAUCAGAUCUUCAUUAAAAUUCAAGCAAUAAGCCCUCGCGUCUCGAGGCUGCUGAGUCUCUAUGUGGGAGAAAGAAGCCUUGGCUUUUUCUUCUUUUUCUUUCUUUUUUUUUACAGCGACGGAAGGUUGAGAUGAAUCUUUAGUGGGAAACAAAUAAGUGGUGUAAAGAGAUGAGUAAUUUGGCGUGGGAGGUCGGCCUGUCCCUGGUCAUCUGGCCACGAGCCACCCCGGCACAGAGCGUCAUCGGCCCACUCUGUCCUGCCACCCAGUCGGAAAUCUGCCUUUUCUCUCUCCAGCUAUUUCAUCCUCUUCUAGACUCUGCCGACGUUUUGUGGCUGUGUUUCAUAUAUCUUGAGUUUCUAUAAUAGAAUGUGUGUGUGUGUGUGUACAUAGAAAUGUCUCGGCUUUGACUCUUCUUAGUGCGUCAUCAGUAGUUUGAAUUUAGAAGCAACCGCUGGAUGUAACUGAUGUAUGGUGAAGGGUGCGUCACCAACAUCAGACCCGAGUUUUUUUGGGGCGGAGACACUGACUGAUGGUUAGUUUGUUUUUUUUUAAAUGACUGAAGAAAUGAUUUCUCACCGUAAGAAAAAAAUUUAACUGAACACAACAGUUACACACAAGUUAUUUUCACACAGAUCACUAUACAGCACACGAAAUUAAAAGCCCAAAGCAAAAAUGUUAAGUUUUGCACCUGAAAAAAUUCAAGUGCUGCCCCGUAUAAGCACUUUUGCACAUAAUGCUGAAAGCAAUUUUUUUUUUUUUUUAACACAGCACAUUUAACCAAAUCACACAAGGGUAAAUGAUGGUGAUGGGCUGAUGAGGCUUCAUGAAACGGUGUCAUUUGUGAAUCCCACUAGAUGGCACUCUCUGCUCAAAAAUCUAAAGAUUUGAACAACCUUUUUUUUUUAAAUGAAAUCUUCCAUCCAUCUAUUUUUAAACUGACAGCGCCACCUACUGAGCUUUGAAAAUGAGGGCACUGUUCCAUCAGCCCAUCACUGGUAAACAAACACAACCUCAACAAGCAGGAAACGCUGCUCCCAACAAUACAGUCGUACACAAAAGUCAACUUCAAGCAUCUGUUCCCCAAUGUUUAGUGGAAAAAAUGCCAAUAAAUCUAAAUGUGCUUUGUUGGAUUCUUUGUUGUGUUUGCUCUUGUUUUUGCUGCCUUCCACACUGCAUGGUUCAACAAUUUAAGACAAAGCCUUCAACACAUCCUCUGCAGCAAUUUGCCACAAUUAAAUGAAACCCUCCAUUGCUCUUUGUUAUUCAGCUCAUUCCACUCUUUGGCUAAUAAAGUUGGCAUCACUGGCUCCAGUGUCCCUCAUUUCAAUUGGCUCUCGGUUCUAUUUUACAUCACUGCGCUGCUUUCGGGGGACGUCUUUGCUCGGCUCUCGAAUGUGACGCAGGUGAUUCGGGUGAAAACAUGGAACAACCUUCGAGCGGACAUGCUGCCCUUUCAUGCUGUCUGUGUGAGAGGAACUGAGAACAAACUACCUGAACCUUCUGAAUAAAAGCCUCCAUUCUAAUUCACAUCCUCUUUCUUUCCCUUCAAGAGUUACCUCAACCUGCUUUGAUCAUCCUCCCCACUCACACCUUCUCUCUUCAUUACCCCCUGACCAUCCUGGUCCAGUCUUCACUUCCAGAGCUAUGGAUUUUGGAUCAUAUUCAUUCUGGUUUGAUCCAUCUAACAUCCUGUCCCCUUCUCAGUGAUACAGUCCUGCCUCUUAUCAAUAGCUAGUAACAACAUUUGUCCCCCAGUUUCAUGUAAACGCAGCUACUUCUUCUUCUGUGUGUCCAUUUGUACAUGUUUAAAUCCAGGGAUGUGGCCCUGAUGGUUAGCUUGCCGUCCAUUAAUGGAAGGGUUGCGGGUUCAAAUCCUGUUCUGCCACCAUGUGUGAAUGCGUAUGGCAGCGUGCAGACGGGAGUUCAGCACACUUCAGUCAAGGUUAAACUGUGGCUAGAGACAUAGCUUACUGCCUCCUACUGUAGUGUGAAUGGAUAUUGGUGAAGGGAAAAUGCUGUGUA